AUGGAUUUCAGAAAUUCAUUCAAAUCACACAGCUCAUACAAACAGAUUCGAAGCCCCGGAGAGCAAAGCGAGGCAAGCCCUGAGCACCGUCCGAUUCUCCACGAUCACAAUCACCAUCAUCACAACAUGGAACACAAAUCAGAGAGCUCACAUUCGAGCCUCGACGACGGCCGAAACGCGCCGGUGGAACGCGAUUCCAGCUACAAAUUCUGGCAAGACAACACCGGAACAACUUCCGAUCACCACGCCAACACCGCGGCACGAACCAGCGCUAGAGAUCCACUCGCUAUUAGCCGGAAAAGCGAAAAGUCAAGCGGGAGCUUCGAUUUCGCGCAAUACGGAUCAGGGAGGCCACCGUCGUUGGAGGAUUCUCCGACGAAAAUGGCCGGUGGACAAUGGGGAGGAGGAGGAGGAGGAGAGAUCACAGUCGACGUAGACCAAGAAAACGAAGACGUAAGUCACCAUACACUGCCGACACCUACAUCAACGGCACGAACAUCAUUCGACGCGUCGAGAGACAUGCGAGUCUCUUUCAACGUUCAUAGACCUGGUACGAAUCUCCCGGGAUCGGCGGUUCCUUCUUCUUCUUCUUCUUCCGCUACUCAUUCCUCCUGUUCGUCAGCGACAAUGCGGACGAAUCAGGAGGCUCAACAGCAAGAUCAGGAAGAAGUUUUGAGAUGCACGUCGAACAUGUCGUUUCAGAGGAAAUCAGAGCUUGUUUCUAGAGUGAAGACAAGAUCGAGGCUGCAAGAUCCGCCACGAGAGGAGGAAACUCCUUAUUCUGGUUGGAGAUCUGGUCAGUUGAAAUCCGGUAUACUCGGUGAUAUCGACGAAGAGGAUGAUCCAUUAGCAGAUGAAGACGUUCCUGAUGAGUAUAAAAGAGGGAAGUUCGAUAUUAUAACGUUGCUCGAAUGGCUUAGCUUAGUGGCGAUUAUAGCUGCGUUGGCUUGUAGUUUAUCGAUUCGUUCUUGGAAGAAAGUUAGGGUUUGGAACCUUCAUUUAUGGAAAUGGGAAGUGUUCUUGCUUGUUCUUAUAUGUGGGAGGUUGGUCUCUGGUUGGGGGAUUCGAAUCGUCGUCUUCUUCAUCGAAAGAAACUUUCUUUUGCGGAAACGUGUUCUUUACUUUGUCUAUGGAGUGCGUAGAGCUGUUCAGAAUUGUCUUUGGUUAGGGUUGGUUCUUCUCGCUUGGCAUUUCUUGUUCGACAAGAAAGUGCAAAGAGAGACAAAGAGCAAGUUUCUUCCUUACGUAACCAAGAUCUUGGUUUGUUUCUUGCUUAGCACCAUCUUGUGGUUGAUCAAGACACUGGUGGUUAAAGUUCUUGCCUCUUCGUUCCAUGUUAGUACCUACUUCGAUCGGAUUCAAGAAGCGUUGUUUAAUCAGUACGUGAUCGAGACUUUGUCUGGUCCUCCGAUGAUUGAGAUGAGUAGGAUUGAAGAAGAGGAAGAGAGAGCGCAAGAAGAGAUCUUCAAGAUGCAAAACGCAGGUGCUAAUUUACCACCGGACCUUUGUGCGGCUGCGUUUCCACCGGGAAAGAGUGGGAGAGUGUUGAAUCCGAAGCUUUCUCCGAUCAUACCAAAAACAUCAACUGAUAAUGGAAUCAGCAUGGAGCAUCUCCACAGGAUGAAUCCUAAGAACAUUUCAGCUUGGAACAUGAAGAGGCUAAUGAAGAUUGUGAGACAUGUCUCUCUUACCACGCUAGACGAGCAGAUGCUUGAAACCACAUACGAAGAUGAGUCCACACGUCAAAUACGUAGCGAGAAGGAAGCUAAAGCAGCUGCAAGGAAGAUUUUCAAGAACGUAGCUCAACGUGGUGCAAAGCACAUUUACUUGGAGGAUUUGAUGAGAUUUCUCCGAGAAGACGAGGCGAUGAAGGCGAUGAGUCUCUUCGAAGGUGCACCAGAGAACAGAAGGAUUACCAAAUCAUCUUUAAAGAACUGGCUGGUCAAUGCUUUCAGAGAGCGAAGAGCUCUUGCCCUAACACUCAACGACACAAAGACAGCUGUGAACAAACUCCAUCAAAUGAUCAAUAUCGUCACUGCUAUUGCCAUAGUAGUCAUAUGGCUUGUCCUUUUAGAAAUCGCAUCUUCAAAAGUACUUCUCUUUGUAAGUUCACAAGUUGUGCUCUUGGCUUUCAUCUUUGGGAACACAGUCAAGACAGUCUUCGAGUCAAUCAUAUUCUUGUUCAUUGUUCAUCCUUACGAUGUUGGUGAUCGGUGUGAGAUUGACAAUGUACAGUUGGUAGUGGAGGAGAUGAACAUACUUACCACAGUGUUCUUGAGAUAUGACAAUCUCAAGAUUAUGUAUCCGAAUAGUCUUCUUUGGCAGAAAUCAAUCAACAAUUACUAUAGAAGUCCAGACAUGGGAGAUGCAAUCGAGUUCUGUGUCCACAUUACUACUCCUCUUGAAAAGCUCAACACCAUCAAACAGAGAAUAUCAAACUACAUCGACAACAAGCCAGAGUAUUGGUAUCCAACUGCCAAGAUCAUUGUAAAAGAGAUUGAAGAUUUGAACAAAAUAAGACUAGCGAUUUGGCCAAAUCACAGGAUUAAUCACCAAGACAUGGCUGAGAGAUGGACAAGAAGAGCUGUUUUGGUCGAAGAGAUUGUUAAGAUCCUCCUCGAACUCGACAUUCAACACCGGUUUUAUCCGCUUGAUAUCAGUGUCAAAACAAUGCCUACCGUUGUCUCAAGCAGAGUUCCAUCUGGCUGGUCACAAAACCCUACCUGA